AUGACCACCCUCGUUCCCCGUGAGCCCUAUACUCAGGAAGAGCUCGCUCGCCUGUACCCGCCAGCUCUGAAGCUGCAGCUGGUGCAAGUGUUCCUUCGUCAUGGCGAACGUACACCCGUAUCAUCCCGAUUCUCAAAUACAGGCUUGAGUCCAUACUGGCCAUACUGCAAUGUCGCAAGACGCAUGGUGCAGAUGGCCUCGAGUAGCAAAGACCUCUCGGAAUGGAACGGGUUCCAAUGGCGCCGGAAAAUGGAGUCAUUCGGCAGUAAUGACCAGGCGGUGAUCACAACAGGACCAGGAGGACCAGUUGAAGCGAUGUGCUUGCACGGCGAGCUCACAGACAAGGGCCGUGAGACGACCUAUGCACUCGGACAACGGCUGCGCCACCUAUACGUUGACCAGCUCGGGUUCAUGCCCCAGAUCAAGAGCGAUUCCGAGGAUAUGUAUCUGCGAGCUACGUCGAUCCCCCGCGCUCUCGAGUCGCUCCAGGAGGCAUUUUGGGGCAUGUACCCGGCUAGCGCGCGCACGCUUGACUUCCCACCGCCGGUGAUUGUGGCUCGCCAGGUCAAUGAGGAGACUCUAUUCCCCAACGAGGGAAAUUGUAGACGGUUCCGACAACUGUCCCGGCUUUUUGCCGACCGCGCCGCUGCACGAUGGAAUGACUCUGAACAAAUGGCGUACUUGAACAGCCUCUGGUCAAAGUACAUGCCCGAGGAAUCGCCCAAGGUUGCUGUUGAUUCCCACCCACGUCUUUCUGGAAUCAUGGACACGAUCAAUGCAACCGAUGCCCAUGGCCCAGCCACCAAGCUCCCAUCCGAAUUCUAUGACAAGAAGGGCCGUGCUGUUAUUGACCGAAUUGCGGUCGAGGAGUGGUUUGCUGGCUACGGCGAGAGUAGCGAGUACCGUAAGCUAGGCAUUGGUGCUCUCAUGGGUGAUGUGGUUGACCGCAUGGUCAGCACCGCCGUGGAGGGUGGCUGGCGCAGUGAGACCGCUGCGUCCGGGUCAGGUAACUCGGAUACUGGCAAGGCUAUCAAGUUUGCUAUGAGCGGCUGCCACGACACCACCCUGGCAGCCAUCCUUUCCAGUUUGAGCUCUUUUUCCCAAGCGCCCCGCUUCGAUCCCAACGCUGGUAUCGUGCUUGAAGAGUUCUCCAACCCACCCGUCGCAACCAAGAAGCCUGGUGUCCUUUCCCAGCUCUUCGGUAAGCCUGCAUCGAAGAAACCCACCACCUCCGAUACUGCACGCGCAACUCUCGAAUCUUUCCCGGAAGGCGCUCGCGAGGCUCUCCAGAAGCACUAUGUCCGUAUUCGCUACAAUGACCAACCCGUCCGUAUCCCCGGCUGUGCUGCUAAGCCUGAGAAUCACCUGCCUGGCGAUGAGACAUUCUGCACCUUGGACGCCUUCAAGGAGAUUGUUGAUAAGUUUACGCCAAAGGACUGGCAAGGCGAGUGUACAGCGAACCUUGGCGCAGGGCUCCACGGCCCAGAUGAUCGCGAGAAGGCCCCGGCUGGCUUCUAG